UGCUUGACACUAGUGUAGGAUAGAUGGUCAGUCUGUUCUUUAAGGGGCUGGGUUUCUCUUUUAUGCAAGAAGAAGGGAAAAACAACUCGGUUUCAAGCAUGACGAGACAAAGAGACGGACUGGAACACUGACAAAUAAUGAUUUGAAAGACCUUUUACAACUUACCAUGGCCAUAAGGGAGCUCAAAGUUUGCCUCCUAGGGGAUACGGGAGUUGGGAAAUCAAGUAUUGUUUGCCGGUUUGUUCAGGAUCACUUUGACCACAACAUUAGUCCAACAAUAGGUGCGUCAUUCCUGACCAAGACGGUGCCGUGCGGAAAUGAACUACACAAAUUUCUGAUAUGGGAUACAGCUGGACAAGAAAGAUUCCACUCAUUAGCUCCUAUGUACUACCGGGGAUCGGCGGCUGCUGUCAUUGUCUAUGAUAUUACUAAACUGGACUCCUUCCAGACACUGAAGAAGUGGGUGAAGGAGCUGAAGGAACAUGGUCCAGAGGACAUUGUUGUAGCCAUAGCAGGGAACAAGAAUGAUUUAGGAGACAUCAGGGAAGUUCCUAUGAAGGAAGCCAAGGAGUUUGCAGAAUCAAUUGCGGCUAUUUUCAUUGAGACUAGUGCCAGAAAUGCUGUCAAUGUAGAGGAGCUCUUUCAGAAAAUCAGUAAACAGAUUCCACCCCUGGAAAAUGCUGAGGUGGACAGCAACGAGUCCUUUAAACUCACCCAGCAGCCAGCCCCGUCCACCCGGAGAUGCUGCUAGUAUCAACGGCGGCUGAACAAAUGACUUCAUUCGGUACCAGGGACUCCACCAGCACAGCACAUAGUCCAUAAUGCACACGGUGUCUUACUCUAAAGAAAGACAAGACAGUAGACAGACAGAGAUCAGCUUUCACAUGUGGCCAGGUGCAACAUGAAUGAGAAAAAGCCUGCCAACAAUAUUACAUGGGUCAAUGCAAUUCAUUUGAUUGUAGCAGUUUUAAAUCUGAUGAGGUUAGGAAGCAAAACGUCUUUAGUUUGUUCCCCUCUGGUGUUUUUAUGCCUGAAUUAUAUUGGGAUUUCUGACUGUGUGCUAUGCUACAUAGCUCAUUAUAAAGAGGCAGUUUUAUCCCACUAUCUAUAAUAAUUUUAACCCAAUAUCAAGCGAUUUAGCUGAUGUGUUUUUAAAGCUGGGUUUUGGUUGUUGAUGGUUUUCAGUUCAAGAGUCAGCUGCUCUGUAAAUUUUCAAGCACUGUGGCUCUUAAAUCGCACACUUUUUUUUUCAAUGAAUGUUUUUUUUUUAUAUUUUUUUUUAAUCAAGUAUACACUUUCUCUUCUUUUGGAACUUUUGUUUACAGAUUUUUAUUAGCAUGCUUGAAUAAGGUUAAGACCGAACCACAGAUGAGUAUUCAGUUGUAUAGCUCAGAUACAGCAGCUUUACAUUCCACUUCAUCGUGUGCUUUCACACACAUUUGCUGUAUAAGGGUUUAACUGUGAUCCUGCAAACUGAACAGCUUAGAGGCAUAAAAUCAUAAUUACAGUAGGACACCCCCUGUUGAAACACUGUGACCAAUACAAGCAUUGUUUACAUAGCGAUGUGUUAAAAAUGUUUUUUUUACAUGCUGACAUGUAUUGUAUGAGAUUUCACUACAGGGAAUGACUGCAUACAACUGCCAAACAUGAGAACUGUUUUUACCUGAAUAAGGGUUACAUUUAUCCUGGAAAGAAGAGAAAAGAUCUGCAUGCAUUUUAGUUUAAACAUGUCAGUUUCAGAAAUGUUGUGUGGUGUAUACUAACCAAACUGUAAAAGAACUAUGGGAAUACAGUCUUACCUUUUGGCUUGAAAAAAAAAAAAAACGGUAA